AUAGGCAGGUAGGGUAGCUAUUGCUCAUCCUUGUUGGUGUCUAUCGUUGUUCGAUUAUACAUAAAAGGUCGUGUGGUCUGUUCGGUACACUGUGAGCAUGCAUACAUAAAAGGGAUCAAUCCCUCCUCUUCCCACCUCUAUCUCGUUUCCCUAUUAUACCAAUCCCUCUCAUCACCACCCAGACAUCCCACACAUCCCCUACGUGGAUAUUGCUGUGUGAAACUAUACCGUAUCAAAUACCAAGUUGGCCGACAUCAGCAACUACACCUUGUCAUCCACUCUCCAUAAAACCAUCAAUAUGGACAGCGGCAAGGCAGACAACCCUACACCGGCAGGUCCCUCUCGCCGACGAGGCUCCGGACCAACCUUCGAAGGCCUCAUGAACCAGAAGCGAGGCAGCGACCCCAGUUCCAUAGCCCGACGUGCUAGUCUCCAUGACCAGAAGCCCCAAGCAGGUUUCUUCGGACAGAUGUGGCACAACUUCACACGCGGCCAGCAAAGCCCCACGAAAUAAGCUCGCCUACCAUAGAUGCCUACCUAUCUAAUUAUUCUACCUAUCUCUAAUUAAGAAAGCACACGGAUUGAAUGAUUGCCAGAGUGUAUUGACGGGGAAUUGAAUCCCGACGGAAUAUCGGGUACUACACGCACGCAUGCACGCACACUUGGCGAUAAAUGGGAGAAUUGGGGUUCAAGAUACCAAUUGCUGGUAGAGUGCUCACCAGUUAAACUGUAGGGUGUAAAGAUAGCCGCCUGUAAUGUUGAGACGGAUGGGAAACAAGGCAACCGGUGUCCGCUUGGUGAUGUAUUAUUGUUAGGAAUAUGCACUUAGCAAUAUCACAAACAGAAUUUUACAAGAAUUUGACUAGGCGUCGUCUUCUAUGAUAUUCAGCGUUGGUGAUAUGAUCAUAUUAACUGUUGUUCCCAUUACGUCUGUUGCUCAUUAGUUGAAGCUAUAACCUCUGUCAACCUCUGUCAGCUACUUUCGUUGUGGAGCAUCUCACUGCCGUGUGGCCUUAGUAAAUCAUGUCGUGCUAUAUGGGCCUAGUCAAUCUGUCAUGUUUGAGUUUGAUGAGGAGUGUUAACGACAAACAUAUCAUGAUAAAUG